UCAUGUUGGUUGUUUGGCUCAUUCACAGCAUGGCGCGUUUGGGUUGUUGGUGUCUUUUCUGGUUGUGCGUGUCGGGCGCGCAGUUUGUUUUUGCGGCGUCAGGCGAUGUGACUAAGAAAUGCGACGAGGACAAGGCGAUGACGCUGUCAUUAGAAGGCUCUCCGACCGUUUUUCUCCAGAAGACGAUUGGCGGACUGGUAAAGGUGACCAAAGAUCUGCCAGGAAUCGUCCUCCGUGUGAAGUCUGGCCGCACCACACUAACGGUGCCCUUUUCUUCCCGGUAUGGCUACGUUGCAGAGCAGCAUUCCCAGUAUGUCGUUGUCAUUGCCAUUGGACGUCCCUCUAAUUUGAAGACGUUCACAUGCCAUAAGCCAGCUCGCCGCUCUGUGAGUGUUGCUGAGAGAUGUGCAGUUGCAGCCAGUGAGAAGCUCCCUUGUGGAGGGUCUUCAUCCAUCACUCAAGCUGACUGUGAAGCCAACAACUGCUGCUACGAUUCAAGCAGCAGCACCAGUCCAUGCUACUAUGCCAAUGAUGGUGAGUGGUUGGGGGGUGUGAGUGAGCAAAGGUGGCUGCUACUGGAUAUUCAUGCUUGUUUGCUUUGGCCAGUGACUGUGCAGUGCACCCUGGAUGGCCAGUUUGUGGUGGUGGUGUCUGAGAAUGUGACCCUUCCUCCCCUGGAUCUUGGGUCCAUCCAGUUGGUGGACAGCAGUUCCUCUGCUUGCAGCCCUGUGACCAGCCUGUCCAGCUUUGUCAUGUACCAGUUUCCAGUCAGUGCCUGUGGCAGCACAGUUCAGCUGGUUGGUGGCAAUGUGACUUACCAGAACACCAUGUCUGCUGCCAUCACUGUGAGCAGUGGUCCACAGGGCUCCAUCACCAGGGAUAGUGUCUACAAGUUGUUCUUCCAGUGCACCUACUCUGGAAGCCAGGAUGUGCAAGUGGAGGCUGAGGUGUAUACUGUGGCACCACCUCUUCCAGUAGUAGAGCAAGGGCCAUUUGACCUGGAAUUGGUCAUUGCAACAGAUUCCUCCUAUGGGUCCUACUAUGUGGAUGCUGACUACCCAGUGACCAAAACUCUGAGGGAUCCUGUGGCUGUGGAAGUGCACAUCGUGAACAGGACUGACCCUAACCUUGUUCUGACUCUUGGGGACUGCUGGGUCACCCCAGGACCUUCUGCUUCCAGCCAGCCCCAGUGGAGCCUUCUGGUGAAUGGGUGCCCAUACACGGGGGACAAUUAUUUGACCAGCUUGGUGACUGUGGACAGCUCAUCUGGAGUGGCCUACCCAAGUCAUUACAAGAGAUUUGUGUUUGAGAUGUUUGCUUUUGUAGAUCCUGUUGCACAGCAAGCCUUGGCUGAAAAGAUCUUCAUCUACUGCGUUGCUGCUGCCUGCUAUCCCUCUGCCACAGACCCCUGCACUCAGAGCUGCCCUGCCAGAAGAUCUGGCAGAGCUGCUGACCAGUUGGCACGAAUUGCUUCGGCCAGGAAGAAUGUGCUCCUUCACAGUGGUCCUGUGAUUAUGGAGGCUGACAAGCAAACCUCUAGACUGGAGCAGGAAGCCCCUUUUCCUACUGGAUACCUGGUGCUGGGAGCUGCAGUUGCCAUGUUGAUGGUUGUGCUGGUGGUGUCUGUAGUUGCUGUGAGGAGGCUGAACUGGCAAAAUGUGAAUCUGAAAUUUUAAUAAAAGCUCUU